CGAGUGCCGCCGGGAGCGCGCCCCGGGGACUGCCGGGGCUCCGACGCGAAGCCGAGGGCGCCGAGGACACCGCGGCCGCAGCCCGCCCCGCGCGAGCCUUGGAGCCGCGAGUUCGAGUUCGCAGACGUGCAGGGCCCGGAAGAACACGCCUCCUGGGAAGGCUGGGCAGCCCCCGGCCUGGGUCCCGCUUUCCCGACCCAGCAGGGCGCCCCCGCUUCUCGGCCCGGUCCCUUCGGCUGGAGGGACCCGGCGGCUGCCACCUGCCCCCUCCCCGCUGGGGGCCGCGUCGCGCGGUGGUUUCAAGGGAAGCUGUUUUCCGAGGAGGUUGGGGCCGAGCGGACGCGGGGCUGGUGUCAGCGGGGCGGGCGCGGGCCACCAGGAGAGAGGCGCAGCCGCCCGUCUCCGUCUCUGCGAAACCACAACCACCCAGCACCCCCAGCGGAGUCUCAGUGCGGGGCGGGGGUGGAACGGGCGCUGCGCCGGGAGGUUCGCCCGGAGAACCGUGGGCGGCGCCGGCGGUCCCGGGAUCUGCGGCCGGCGGAGGCAGAGCGCGGACCGAGCUGAGUGGGCUGACGCACGAGGCACACAGGAAGGAGGUGGAGCAGGUGUAUCUGCGCUGUGCGGCCGGCACCGUGGAGUGGAUGUACCCGACAGGCGCGCUCAUCGUGAACCUGCGGCCCAACACCUUCUCGCCCGCCCGGCACCUGACUGUGUGCAUCAAGCCUUUCAGGGACUCCUCGGGGGCCAAUAUUUAUUUGGAAAAAACUGGAGAGCUGAGACUGCUUGUUCGGGAUGGGGACGGCAGGCCUGGCGGUGUGCAGUGCUUUGGCCUGGAGCAGGGCGGCCUGUUCGUGGAGGCCACGCUACAGCAGGACAUUGGCCGAAGGACCACGGGCUUCCAGUAUGAGCUGAUCAGGAGGUACAGGACUUCGGACCUGCACGAGCUGUCAGCCCCCUGCCGCCCCUGCAGUGACACCGAGGUGCUCCUAGCCGUGUGCAGCAGCGACUUUGCCGUUCGAGGCUCCAUCGAGGAAGUCACCCAUGAGCCGGAGCGGCAGGACUCGGCCAUCCACCUGCGUGUGAGCAGACUCUACCGGCAGAAAAGCAGGGUCUUUGAGCCAGUGCCUGAGGGCGAUGGCCACUGGCAGGGACGCGUCCGGACGCUGCUUGAGUGUGGCGUGCGGCCUGGGCGCGGUGACUUCCUCUUCACUGGCCACAUGCACUUUGGGGAGGCACGCCUGGGCUGUGCCCCACGCUUCAGGGACUUCCAGAGGAUGUAUAGGGAUGCCCAGGAGAGGGGGCUGAACCCUUGUGAGAUUGGCAUGGACUGACCUGGGGCCUUGGGGUGCUGCCUCCCUCUCCUGAUGAGCCACAGGCUGCGGUGGGUGCUGGAGUCCUGGUGGGGGCUGGGCACCUGGGGCCCAGACCUGAUGCCCAAGCUGGAGGUUCUCACCACACUCAGCCCUGUGAGCUCCCAGUCAUGGACACCCUGGCUGAUUGGAAAUGCUGUAAAAUGCAAACUAAGUUAUUGUAUUAUGUUUUGUAAAAAAGAAAUGUGCAUAGGAAACAGUCCUGUGUCGUGAAAUGCCUGGGGACCCCAUUCGAUACCGUUCCUUAAAGACAUUUUGCGUCACCACGUGUGGCCGGGAACUGGGUGAAGGGCUGGCUGUUGGUGCCCUGGGUGGUGGGAAGAACCUCGGUACUAUUCAAAGCUGUUAUUCUCAUGACAGAAGUUUACGGACCCAAAUACUUAGGUUUUUAGUUUCAUUUUAUUUUUGAAGAAUGAGCAUGGCCAGCUGGGGUCCUUUUUGGGCUGCUGGCUGUUUCGUUUUGGAGAAUAAAGACCAGGAUCCGAUGACCCGUGA